CUCUUUUCUUUCUCUCUUCUUCUUCUCUUCUUCUCCUUCUCGUCUGCAUGGGCUGACCUCUGCCGUUCUUUUACCAACCCCACGACAUUCAUUUUCAUCGCAGUCUUCAGGCCCAAUCGCUCCUUGAUCAUGGCCUGAUCACUGCCAGUCACUCCUUUCUGACAGUCAACUCACAAUUCCCUCCUUUUGCAGCUUCCCCAAAACCUAAUCGUAAUCCCUGCAAACCAUCCCCGAGUGCUUUCGGGAGACAGAUGUCGACGGAUAUUUGGGCCUCCAAUUGCUGACAACAAAGCCCUAAUAACUACUCAGACUACAAGCAAGACGGGUGCUUCACCGUCGCCUCAAGCGCACUGGUUUGCCGUAUUUCGUCUGAGAUCCCGUCGCCAUGCCUCACCGUCACAACCACCAUGGGCGGCGACACGGGGGCGUCGAGAAACGCGGGAACAUCAGGGACCAGAUUCUUGAUAUAAUAGGAGAUAUCGCACCCAAUAAACGGGAGACCGUGUCGGUAAUCUACAUCACCGCAGACCCAACCUUUGACGGCCCGAUCGGUGGUUAUUCGACUGAAGGCAGGCCGGCGAAGACUCAGGAUCAUGGGGAGGUCGGGACUCCGCUGGAGCACACACGCACUGUCAGCCGCACUACAGUCAGGCCAACCCCCACAAGGAAGCCCACGCCCAAGUCGACGCCUACGACGACCGAGAACACGACCGACACCCCAAGCUCAAGGCCCAAAACAACCCCCUCGACUCUUACCACGUCGACUCCAAGCUCACCAGAUGUGGUCCCGACAUCCACGCUUGACAACGAUGCUUUUGGGAUGUCCUCCGCCACGUCCACGCCUUCGUCCACCGCCGCCCCAGCUUCGGGUGGCUUAUCGUCUGGUGGAAAAGCCGGUCUCGCGAUAGGGAUCAUUGCGCUACUUGGACUACUGGCUGGUGCAGCGCUAUUGUUUGUUCGCAAGAAAAAAAAGAAGAAUGAGGAGAUGGAAACGAUCAAUACUGAGAAGCCAAUGCCUCCACUCCCAAGUCCACUGAUCGUUGCGCCUUCUCCGCCACCGCAGCGCCAGAUGACCCCCUCGGCCCCUCCCCAGUUGAAUAUUCGUCCCAUCACCCAGUUUUCUCCAGAUCUUACUUCACCUUCGCAAAGUAGCUCGACAAUGGUGAACGUUGCUGGUGUUGUCGCGGCGCGCAAUCUCACUGGACAGCAUAACGAUUCCCAGAGCACAUUUUCACCCCCCAAGACAGCGGACAGCACGUCCAAUCCUUUCAAUGAUCCGGUAAAUCCGUUCGAGCCCCGAUCCGGCGCUUCGUCUCCUACGUCUGCCUUGGGUUCUGGACCACCGCAACCUUUGAAUGGGCAUCCGUCCUCCCCAGAAACCUCUAGUGUGCGAGCACCUACGCCAGACGGCAUGAGCACUGGAGCCGCCGUUGCUGUCGGCGCUGCGACUGCUAUCACUGCUGGUGCCGCUGCCAAUAGCCACAGUGGCAAGCCGCCAACCCUUCAACACGUCCCCGGCCCCCCCGCGGGAUGGAUGAAAGACAUGCCUCCCCCAAGUCCCGCUAUGAGCAUUGAUUCCGUUUCUGUCACCUCUACCACAGCUGCAGCAGUCGCCACAGGUGGCCCUGCUCCAAACAACGUUCACCGUGUGCAACUUGAUUUCUCCCCUUCCAUGGACGAUGAACUCGAACUGCGAGCUGGACAACUCGUUCGCCUGCUUCACGAAUAUGAUGAUGGAUGGGCUCUCUGUAUUCGCCUCGACCGCUCUCAGCAAGGUGUUGCCCCGAGAACAUGUCUCUCCGCUAGGCCGGUUAAACCACGUCCUCGUAAUGGUCCACCUGUUCCAGGCCCUCGUGGUCCUCCACCAAUGGGCGGCUCACAUGGUCGUCCAAUGACUCCGGCUAGUGGGCGUAAUUCUCCUGCUCCUGGGCCUCCUCCGAGCGGUCCCCCUCCACCAGGUCCACCUCGAUUUGCACCCCAGCAGGGUAGUCGACCUGCCUCUCCUAGCUCGGGAUAUCGCCCAUAUCAUGCUCCAAACCAGCCGAUGGCACCUGUUCGGUUCCCAGAUGUUCCACGCUCGUUGUCCCCCGGUCCCAGUUCGCGGAUUCCCCAGCAGCGAUCGAUGAGCCCCGGCCCGUAUGGGGCUGGCGGGAUGGAAAAGUCGAAUAUGCCGGAAGCUCAGCGAAAACGAAGCAAUAGUGCCGCUGGUGCAGUGGGGCGUAUCCAUGCACCGAAUCCAGGACCAAGCGCUCUCAGUGCCUCCGUGCAGAACGCCAAUUCGGGCGAUAAACCAACAGAGAACCCCGCCGACAAUCCAGCAGACAAGUUGACAGAAAAGCCAGCAGAGAUUCCAGCAGAGAAGCCAACAGAGAAGCCAUUAGACAAACCUGCGGAGAACCCAGAACCACAGGCAGCGGAACAAACGCCUCCAGAAUCAACGCCUCAGCCCCCAGCGGAGCAAGGAGUGCGGAGGCCUCCUCCCUCAUUGGGCCCUGUGGAAAGAAAACCUGUGCCUGGACAAGCACAGUAAUUUGAACAUACCUUUCAGUGCACAUAUUGGCAACCAUCCCGGUCGUCCGGGCGGAAUAUAUCACCGUAAAUAUUGGACGAUUGUAUUUAGCAAUAUGUUCUUGCUCCCUGGACGGGACGAGCUUCAGACGAUGAGCUACGAUGUGACUGGCGAUACCCAAGCGAAUCUAUUUUCCCUUUUUUACGGCAUUUUCAUUUUCCUUUUCUACCCUUUUUUUUUUUUUUUUUUUUUUUUUUUUUUGUUGGUUUUUCUCUGCUUUCCUUCCUCUUUUCCCCCAAGAGUCUAUGACCGCGGCAUAAUUCUUGGAUAUUGGCUCGUCGGCUAGCCCUCCGCACCGGCACAAUUCCUUGGAAGUAACAGGUCCUCGACUCUCCCAACACAAUCAAUUUGCACUCCAAAGUUGCGUCCGUUGUUGAUGUUUUCGUCUUCUUGGUUUACGUGAAAACACGCGCCAUUACAACAAGACGUGGCAUAUUCCUGGCUGUUUACUCCGAUGUAAAUCGGCCAUGUGAUAAAAGCCCCUUUCAUUUCUUCACUAUCCUCAUUUCGACAUGAGAAACAGUGGAAAGCUGGGUUUCACAUUGUUAGCUCUUCGAUCAGUGUAUCAUCUGUCUUUUGUU